AUGCAGGGAAUGGGGAACUUCCGGCUGGGCAGAAGGACUGUGAUGUACACAGUGGAAACUAUUCCCAAAGGGAAGAACCGAGUGCUGGGGACCAUCCAGAUCAUGACUGGCUUCAUACACAUUAGCUUUGGGAUCAUUCUCAGCACCCUGUCCAGUGUAUAUACCUCAUUCUUUGUAUCUGGAGAGAUUCCCUUCUUGGGAGGAGCAUCCUUCAUUGUUUCUGGAUGUCUCUCAAUUGGUGCUGAGAAGAGUCCUACUGAAUGUGCAGUAAAAGGCUCACAAGCCAUGAAUAUCAUCAGUGCCAUUUUUGCGUUACUUGGAAUAUUGGCCUUUAUCGUAGAUCUGAGCAGAAAUGGGCCAUUUCAUUCAGAUGAUAAUUACGAGUAUUCACUAGUGAUGACAGGCAAUAGGAUCGCCAUUGUGCUGUUGACAUUCACCAUUGUGGAAUUCUGCAUUGCAUCAGCAACUGCAUAUUUUUGGUGCCGGGCAACCCGUUCUGACUCCAAUGAGGCUAUAUUGAUCGACCCAAACACCGUCAGGACUGAUAAUGAAGUUCCUUCUGUAGAAUCUUCCGUACAUUGUCUACCAAGCUCUAAUGAUGUAAGUUAUGAUUUAAAAAUUGAGGCCGUGUAGAA